AUGGACCAUCUAUCUUCUUCCUCAUCGUCGACGGGCACGACCACCUAUACCCAGCAAUCUGUCAGCACCUUCCAUCAGGAUGUUCCUAAGCAAACCUACACAACGGCUGGUACCAUCUACAACCCCAGCAACUCUCAGCCGCUCCAGCCUCCCGUUCGUCGCGGCCGCACCCUCAAGUGGCCGCCCGUCGGCGCUGCCGCCUCGGAGCUGUCCCUCUUUCCCAAGUCAGUUCUCGCAAGCUUGCCUCUGAAGUCACACAAUACCGUCACUACACCUCCCAGCCCGCUUCCCCAUACGAUCCCCAAGUACUCGCCUCUUCAGCAAAACUACGAUCGUGCUGUCAGCCCCGUCACCGACCACAGCCGCGAGUCGCUGUAUGACUCUGACCUUUCAAGCCUUCCAUCCUCUCGCGUGCCGUCAUUCACCAUGCAUGGCGAUCAAGCCUCGCCGGUGAGUGGUGCAAUGCCCAUGUCUACCGUAGACAGGCUUGUCGAUGCCGAGUCGAGCGACAUUGAAGAUGACGAGGGCCCCGGCGAUAAUCCUCUCAAGAACUUCACUGUCAAGGGUCUUCAGAACUUGGCAUCAUACCCCAACCCGAACCAGAAAAGGGCCCAGAAGACGCUUCUUCGUGCUCGACCGGGUGCCACUCCCGCUCCCUCUACCGGCAACAUCAGUCGCACGACAACCCCGUUCUACGGAGCCCAUUCCUUCGAGGCAUCCGACAUGGGAGCCGAUGGCUCGUGUUCCCCUGGUCUCUUCCGCUUGGCCAAGACCGAUCCGAACACCAUUCUCAAAAUGCAGGCUGAGCAGAAAAUGAUUCGAGACCUCAAUCUGUCCUGGCGAGACAGCGGCGUGACGCCGCCCCCGGGCCUCCUCGCUGCUCACAACGUUCAGAGAACCAACACGCAUACGACCUACAAGUCCACUCUCGCAACUGGUCCGGGUGCCCCUCGCCCCCUAACUGCUGGCCCUCCUGGUCAGCGCCAGUAUCGAACAUCAACCUUCGACUUCGCCAUGAAGGCGCUCAACGGCGGCCCGAAAACGGACACGUUCUACGAUGAAUCUGUGAAAGGUGACUCUCGCCCUGUUUCACACUGCAUGCACAAUACCACAUCGCUUGACGCGCUGAGACUCGCCGGCUCCGAAACGCCUGAUCAUCUCAUGGCCGGACUGCCUUCGCUUCUGUGCAACUCGACCCCCGAUGCGGACCAUUUCUAUCAGGACCCCAUCCAUACCGGAAAGAUUUCUGAUGUGAACAUGAAGAAGGGCUUCCAGCACAUCAAUAUCAGUCCGGUCCACUACGCCAAGAUUAACAAGAGCAAGUCUCGCCAGCCAGAAACCAACAUUCCUAUUAUCUUCGGCGAGAAAUGGGUAGCAGAUUACCCCAAGACUGGUCGCAGCAGGUUGGCGAAGGGAACGUGGACGAUCGCGGAGGACGAGCUCCGCCGACGCAACGAGAGAAUCUACCAGUUGUUCUAUGCGGGUACAGGCGAGCUUGGAAAGUCGUUGGAUUCUGUGGUCAAGGAUGCGGAACUCAAUACUUUCAAGCGCCAAGUCGGUGUCAUCGGAGACCGACGGCCCAAGACCAAGCCAGAGAAGGCUGAUCAUCGGCCAAUUUCGAUUCAACAGGUCAACGACAUGACGAACAAGGAGGCGGCGGAGCCUUUGGUCGCCCUGGGCGUCUCUUCCCUCUUGAAUCAUAUCGAGGCAAAGUACGACAACCAGCGCUUUAAUCAAUGGAGGGAUCCCGAUGCAUGCAAGGUUGAUGAUUCUGUGGAGGGACGCAAGUCAGUCUUUGGACGUUGA